AUGGUGGAGGGCAUGAAGAGGUCGUUGAAAUCGGAGACAGUUAAGGUAAUUGUCAGAUGUCGUCCACUAUCCUCACAGGAAAUCGCCAAUGGACAUUCGAAAAUCGUUCAUAUGCGUCCCCAACGUGGCCAAAUCGAGUUGAAGAAUCCAAAAGAGCAGGAUGAGCCGACGAAGGACUUCACGUUUGAUGCAAUCUAUGAUGAGAACUCGACCCAAUCGGAUCUCUACGAGGAAACCUUCCGAGAUUUGGUGGAUUCGGUGCUCAGCGGGUAUAACGCCACUAUUUUCGCCUACGGACAGACUGGAACUGGAAAAACGCACACAAUGGAGGGAAAGACGCAUGAUCCGGAGCAACGCGGUGUGAUCUACAAGUGUAUCGAUCAUAUUUUCGAUCAUAUUACCGCGUCGCACAAUCAGGAGUAUCUAGUGAGGGCUAGCUAUUUGGAGAUUUAUCAGGAAGAGCUCCGAGACCUACUGGAAGCGGAAAACUCGAAAAAGCUAGAAAUCAAAGAACGACCGGAUGGUGGUGUGUAUGUUAAAGAUCUUACGAGUAUUUUGACGGGAUCGGUGUCUGAAAUCCAGGAGGUGAUGGCAAGGGGAAACACACAUCGAUCUGUGGGCCGUACAAACAUGAACGAGCACUCCUCCCGUUCCCAUGCCAUAUUCAUCAUCACCGUAGAAUGCUCAAAAAUUGGCGCCGACGGGGAGAACCAUGUGACAGUAGGCCGUCUGAAUCUAGUGGAUUUGGCUGGAUCGGAGAGGCAAUCUAAGACAGGAGCGACGGGAGAACGAUUCAAAGAGGCCACUAAAAUUAAUUUGUCACUUUCGGCGCUUGGUAAUGUAAUCUCCGCUUUGGUGGACGCAAAAUCCGCGCAUAUCCCAUAUCGUGACUCCAAAUUGACACGUCUUCUACAAGAUUCACUUGGCGGGAAUUCAAAAACCGUCAUGAUCGCUUGUAUCGGUCCCGCCUCUUACAAUUUCGAGGAGACACUUGGCACACUAAGAUACGCGUAUCGAGCAAAGAAGAUCAAGAAUCAGCCGAAGAUUAACGAGGAUCCGAAGGACGCGUUGAUUCGGGAGUUUCAGGAAGAAAUCGAGUUGCUCCGUGAGCAACUGAAGCAGCGGAAAACCAAAAGUAGAGGCGGGGGGACACAGAGCUUUUAUGAUGCGGAGAGAGCACGGCUGGAGGAUGAUAUUGAGGCUAUUCAAAAAGAUGAUUCUUUGAUUAAACAGGAAAAGGAUCGAUUGAUAAGAGAGAUUCAGGAAAAGCAUGAUCUACUGGAGAAGGAGAGAGUGGAGCAGGCGAGAGUCGCAGAGAGAAUUGCGAAUAUUCAGUCGAGACUUAUAGUUGGCUCUGAGGAGGAUGGACGGCUGGAAUCGAGGACGAAAGAGCAACACGCACAGCUUGAAAACAAAAGAAAGGAGUUGGCGGAGCAGAAACGGAGGGAACGGGAAAUGGUCGAGGCUCUGGAGCGGCAGGAAGAGGAUACUGUGGAUUUGAAACAGACUUUUUCGGAUUUAAGGACUGAGGUCGAGGCGAAGACGAAGAAGUUGAAAAAGAUGAUGAUCAAGUUGAGACAGGCUCGAAACGAGGUACGUGACAUGUCUGGCGCCUUCUCCGAGGAACGUCAGAAUCUGGAUGAGACGAUUUCAGAGAUAAGCAAGGAGUUGAAAUUGAAACUCCUAAUCGUGGAGAACUUCAUCCCUCCCGACGUGAGUGAUCGGAUAAAGGAUCGUGCGGAGUGGGAUGAGAAUGAGCGUCGGUGGAACGUCACAACCUUCCCGUCGACCUCGUCAACUCCUAUAAAUAACGGACCAACUGGGAACGCCAUCGAAAUCAACGAGGACGGUGUUCUCACCCGGUCCUCCGGCGCGGAUAGUGGUGUCUCCGUGAGCGGAGGCAACGGAACUCCAACGGCGACAACGUCAUUGGACAAGAGAUUGGUGGCCACUCCCGGAUGCCGUCGACCGAUGUCAAUGUGUGAGCGAAUGCUGGUUGAGAGAGCCAGAGAAGGGUUUAGUAAUCAGAGAAGACCUCCGAUAUCAGGAAACAGCGCGUUCGUGGAAGCCCAAAUUCCCGAGGAAACAAUUCGAUGUGACAGACGCCGAUCCAGCCACUUUUACAAUGACAGAACGUCGUCCAUCAAUCGAAAAUCUGACGAUCGACGCGUCGAAGGUGCUCGUUCCAAUUCUGAGCCACCCCACGAUGGGCAGCAAACAUUCAAAAAACGGGUCAGCCCGCAACGACAAUCCGACAACAAUGCCGCCGAGAAACGGCUCAUCGAUGAGCAGGAGACACUAUUAAUGAAAAGUGGAGAAUACGUAGAUUAUCUUAUAAAUAAAACCGAAGAAAUGACGAGAAAACUGAACGAAUCCACUGAUUCUGAGGGUAUCUGUGCUGAUAUGGGCUACCGUAGGCUACCGUCGGCGUCAUCUGGAAGAGGAUCGAUGACGUCAUCAUUUCUCUGGUCGACACCAAGAAGACCACCGUCUAGAAUACCGGCACUGAUGACGAAAAGUUUGCAUUCACCGAGAUCCCACUCCACACCAACUCAUGUUCCCUACACCGGACCCCGUGAACAACUGUGCCAGGACUUCAGAAUCGGUUUCAGAAGACUUGAAACCGAAAUGUUGCUGAGUAGAAGUCAGGAGAAGCGGCAGCAGAGAGCGAGUAGUUAUGAUCCGAGAUGUCUCCUCGCCCUCCAUCCAACAUCCCACCACCUCUCCAAAUCUGCUUCUGAAUUUCAACGUCUUCUGAUGACGUCAUCAUCAUCUCCGUCUUCUUCAUACUCACGUCUUCUGCCUCGACGUCCUCAAUGGGUCAGAAGCCAACCGGCUAGUCAGAUUCAGCUCGCUGAAUCUACAGUAUCCCUGGAUUACAUGAUGACGUCAAAAUUCUACUUGGAUUCAGAUGAGGAUUCAGAAUCUUCUGAUUCCGAAGAUUCUGAAAUCGUAGAGACGACACCAGUAAGAAGACUUAAACACAGAAAAAAGUUUAGAAGCACCAUGAUCUGCCGCCGGAUGACGACGUCCACGCCUUCAGAAUCCCUUCAGAAUUUCUCAGUUUUUCUCUGCGUCUCCUCCCCACUAUUCUAUCUCGCCAUCGCAUUCCUUCUACGUAUUCUCUUGUUUCUCACUGAAAUUUUUUUGCCAAUUUAA